GGUAAACACGUCUAUGCGUAAGUGAUGUGACUCACUUCAUGUUUUGCAGUAAAUAUUUGCAUAUAGAUCGAUAAAAGCCGAUGAAUAAUGGUAAUUAUAGAUGCAAUUCUGCGGAUUCAGUUGAAAUGGAAAAAACCUUCGUAUUACAAAAUUCGCGGAAACGAUGCAUAUAGGAUGAUUUCAAUAGUCAACACGUCAUAGGCGUACUACGGGUGUGUAGAUAGCGUUUGUGGCGUUCGUGGUAGGUGAUGCGCGGAUUUUGUGCAGAAUUUUCUUCCAUGGUAACUAGUUGAUGCGAACACAGCGUGGCUACGACUGAACAUAACUAUCUAAUAAGGAAAGUGAACUACUAGGAAUUUGUUAACGUAUGUCAUGUGACUUUCGAAGUAUGAGUGUUUUAUGAUAUAUGUGUCAUAUAUAAAUGAUAAUAUACACCUAUACAAUACAGAAUAAUACUAAUCGCACCGCUGCGCUGUUUGAAUAUGUGUGCUGAAGAAUAUUCUAUAGAUUUUAGUGAAUACAAUUCGUAUGAUAAACGUAUCAGUACAUUUGAAAAAGGAUGGACUGGAGUCAUUAAUCCUGCAGUGCUAGCAGCAGCAGGUUUUUUUUUAUGUUGGAAGUGAAGAUAUUUGCCAAGCGUUUUGUUGUGGGAUAAUAAUA